AUGUCAGAAACAACUGGUAUCAUACCGGGAAUAGAAAGCCGCAUGAGGGCAGCAAGGGCCUCGUUUUCUGAAUGCUCCAUCGAAAAAUACACGUACACAAGUCUUUCAGAUCCAUCGACUGAGAUAAGGCUCCUCGACAUACUUCCAGGGGCCAAAGAAGAUCCAAUCAUUGUGCAGAUUGACCAUGCGCGACUCGCUGAUUGUGGGAGCCCUACCAAGCUUGACCUUUCACAGAAGUCGGUGGACAACAUCAAUGAAUCACUCCCAACUGGCUGGGUGGCCUUCGUCACCUGGAGCGACCGCGUCAUAUAUUUCAACAAAGAAUUAGGGGCGUCAACAUGGCAAAACCCUGCCGCGAGGGAUUCUACGAGUUCGCCAGAUAAGAUGGUCAUUCCAAACCCGGACAGAAGCGCACAUAUUCCCCACUACGAAGCUCUUUCUUACGCCUGGGGCUUUACGGAGAGUCGCAAUGUCAUAUACGUACAGUGUCCCGAUGGUGAUCAUAGGAAGAUUCUGGUCACGGAGAACCUAGCACUGGCUCUGCGGGAUCUGCGUUUCACAGCGGCAAGAAGAAGACUGUGGAUAGACGCCAUCUGUAUCAACCAGGAAGACAUAAAGGAGAGAAGCGCACAGGUCCAGAUAAUGACUUCCAUCUAUAGGCUCGCUCAUAAAGUCGUGGUAUGGCUCGGGCCGGCCUCAGACUCGAGCAGCCUAGCGAUGUCGACGCUGGAGUAUCUCGGCGAGCAGGUCGAGAUCUCCCGCGAGGGACAUGUUAUACCCACCCCGCAGGCGUUUGAGAAAGACUGGUACAGAAACGAUGCUGUCAUACCGUACAAGACAAAGACGUGGGAUGCCGUGAUGGAGCUGUGCCAGAGGCCCUACUUCACCAGAGUGUGGAUCAUACAGGAGCUACACCUCUCCAACCAUUGCACCAUUGUCCAAUGCGGGAGCGACUCCGUGACCUGGGUGAACUUGCGCAAAGCUAUAAAAUGUUUUCCUACGAAGAGAAGCUUUCCGUAUACGGGGGACAGAGACGCAACGGCAGUGGUUAGGCAACUGGCAGACUACGACCCACGAGGGCCCUACAGCAAAUUGACGCGUGCAGUACAAAGCCGUAGCUGCUCAAAUGAUCGGGACAGAGUCUACGGCCUUCUAGGGUUGAUGCCAGAAGGUCUGAGGGAUAGGAUCACCCCUAAUUACGAGAUGACUGUCGGCGAGGUGUACAGGCAGGAGACGGUUGCGCAGAUUGAAUUUUUCCAGCGCCUGCAUGUUCUCUGUGAAUGCGGGCCCCAUCGUGCUAUCGACGGACCGUCAUGGGUCCCCAACUUGGCUUCACGUCAACUGUCAAUAUUCCCUGUUCGCUCCGCAGCAGGAAUCUCGAGAUGCUAUGUCGCCUUUGACAACCCCAACGUCGCAGAAGUUUCUGGACUGCAAGCGGGGACGGUCGUUUCCGUUCAGGAAAAAGGGCACUGGGAAUUCGGGAAAGGAAUCGAACACAGCAAGAGCUGGGCUUAUCAGGCUCUCGAUCGUGACGUGUACUGCCUCACCUUGUGUGGGAUGUUCGUCAGGGAAAGGUGGCACGAAGAUCCGAACAUGAUUCAUUACCUCGACCCUCUCGUGAGCCUUGAGGAAUGGAAACGUUUCUACUUUGGAGAUGUUGGGGGUACGGGCAACAGCGGCCAGUCUAUUGCGCCCGUCUUCUUGAAGCAUGUCGAGCGGUGCAUCUGGGCAAGAACGCUGUUCACCAUGGGCGACGGACGAAUUGGUCUGGGCCCAGAGGCAAUGAAGAAUGGAGAUUCCGUGUGCGUUUUCCUAGGCUGCGACUCACCAAUCAUACUCAGACAGCAGAGCGAUGGAACCUACCAGGUCGUAGGCGAGGCGUUUGUCUACGCUUUACUUGACGCCCAGGCCCUGCUGGGCCCACUGCCAGAGCCUUGGUUUCCAGUGCAAAAGAGUUCAAUGGGUCGGCCUUUGUAUUGGUUUCUGAACCGGGAGACAGGCGAGAUGACCCAAAAUGAUCCUCGAUUGGGCCCGCUGAUCGGAUGGGAGAGGCUCGAUGUCGAGAUGGGGGCAGAUGACCCACGGACCUGCCAGAAGUACAGGAAUAUUGAAACUGGCCAGGUCAUCAACUUUGAUCCAAGAAUGUCAUUAGACACACUGAAAGCUAGAGGGGUGAAACUGAGGACCUUCGCAUUAUCUUAA